UCUAGGAGGUCACAGAUGUAGAUGAGAGAUGGUGGCCUACGGUGGUGGCAGUGGGUAUAGGAGCGAAUUGGAGCUUUAAAGAUGAUAUUUAAAAAUUGACAAGACUUUUGGAUUGGAUAUGGGAUUUGAGUGAGAGAAUCCUGCUUAUUGAUGAAAUGCAGUUAACACAUCAGCUGGACCUAUUUCCCGAAUACAGGGUGACCCUUCUGUUAUUUAAAGAUGUAAAAAAUGCUGGAGACUUGAGAAAAAAGGCCAUGGAAGGUGCCAUUGAUGGCUCAUUAAUAAAUCCUACAGUGAUUGUCGAUCCAUUUCAGAUACUUGUGGCAGCAAACAAAGCAGUUCACCUCUACAAACUGGGAAAAAUCAAGAGAAGAACUCUAUCUACUGAAAUUAUUUUCAGUGUUUCCCCAAAUAACAAUAUUUCAGAGGUCUUGAAAAAAUUUGGUAUCUCAGCAAAUGACACUUCAGUUCUGACUGCUUAUAUUGGAAGAGGGAGAAAAACAAAUCAAGAAUACCUAAUAUCUCAGAUAACCAGGGGGAAGCUUCGGAGCCACGGAGGAGAGCGCAGCAACAGGGCUGUGGAGGACAAAGUGGAGAGAUUCCCGCACGGAGGAUCGGUGCCGACCAGCACUCCCCAGCCCGAGAGGCUUGUCUGCUCACCAGCCGGGGCAGGCGGGGGCUGGGAACUGAGCCUCGGGCUUUGGAGCUUAGAUCCCAGGGAGAGGACUGGGGUUGGUGGCGUGAACACAGCCUGAAGAGGUUAGUGCACCACGGCUAGCCGGGAGAGAGUCCGGGAAAAAGUCUGGAGCUGCCGAAGAGGCAAGAGACUUUUUCUUCCCUCUUUGUUUC